CUCAGCGUCAUCAAGGGCGAGCUGGGGGAGGCCGAGCACCUUCUGCACCAAGCCCUGAGGCUGUCGCACCAGUCGGAUAACAGGAAAGCCAUCGUCUAUGCCUACAGCAUGGCAGAAAAACUCUACAAAGCAAGUAUGAGCUAUUUGCUUGCAGGGGACAUGAAGGAGGAUGACAAUGCAAUCCUUGAGAUGUCCCUCAAGCUGGCCAGUAUCUAUGCUGCUCAGAAACAGCACAAAUUAGCCCUGGCUGGCUACGAGUUCUGCAUCCUGACCUUAGAAGAGAAGAUUGCCAAGCAAAAGGACUUGCCUGAGGAUGUCUUACCAGCUGAAGAAAAGGCCAACACCUGUCUCUUGCUUGGGAUGAGCCUAGACUCCUAUGCUCGCUAUCUCCAAAACAUUAACCAGCUCCCAGUGGCCCAAAAAAUGUAUGAGAAGGCUCUGCAGAUAUCUAAUGAUGUUCAGGGAGAGACUCAUCCACAGACUGUGGUCCUGAUGAAUGACUUAGCAACUGUACUGGAUGCUCAGGGACACUAUGAUGAGGCAUACUCCUAUGUGAAGAGGGCAGCUGAUCUGGCAAAGGAGACUCGACACCCUGAGGAGUACAUGGUGCUGAAUAACCUGGCAGCAAUUCUGAUGCACAAAGAAGACUUUCUGCAAGCAAAACAAGUGUACAAAGAAGCUCUCAAGCAGGCACAACAGAAGGGAGAUGCUGCUUCUGUCCAGCAUAUCCAGGAAGAACUAGCUGAGCUGGCCAAGAGGAGAAAAGGCUCCAAAUGA